GACAUCCAAGGCUAUCCGAGUUCAUCUAGAACUUGGAGACUUCACCUAUUAAAUCAACUUAUCCUCCUUUGAUUUCAUCCACCCAAAUCGUCGAGAAACACCAUGAUUCAAACUCUUCUUCUAUGAGCUUCCUCCUCGAUUCGUCGAUGGGAAGGGUCGCCGGAACACCUCGCUAGACCAAGGUUCAUAUGUUAUUCACGGAAACAAUAGCAAGUUCCACCGACAUGCGGCCGGACAAUGGUGCCGCACGUGACCGAAUGCACCUCUCACACCAACCUGAUCUCUCUCGGAACGGGAUCACAGCCAUUGAUCCACAGACGGCUGCAGUGCAAUAGAAGGUGACCGUCUGCGGCCACGAUGGUACUCCAUGCAGCCCCACUAAAAAACCCACAGGGAGAAGGUUGAAUAAAAAGCAGAAGGGUGGAGAAAAAAGAGGCCUCGCACAAAUUUGUCCAUUACCUAUCCCCUCCUGGUCUCUCUUUUCUCAAGAUCCAAUAGGCCGUCCCCAAUUACAACCUUAAGAAUUCACAGCACAAUCAUCAGGUUCAAGUCCAAGAAGUUUUCCCAUUCGGUGUUUGUUGGCAAGCUUUCAGACAUUUGAGAAUUGGAUGGUCGAAAUCCUUCAAUGAUCCUUUCCAAACCCUUCAAACCAUCCGACAUCAUAUCCGCUAUUAUCCAACUAAGACCAAUAAAGUUUCUAACUCAGGCCUCCAAAUCACCCAUCUGUUCUGAAAGCCACAAUUUUGAACCUCCCCAACAACUGUUCGAUAGAAUUCCGAACAGAAAUACGGUUGAUUCAAACUCUCAUAUCUACUGCCCUACCAAGAGUGAAAAGGAAGUGGGAGCUAUUACACUCCCUAGUUGGGUGUUCCUCGGUGGUUCAAAUUCAUUGCGCUUGGUUGUUUCUUGCAUCGUGCGAGCAAUAAAAGUCACGGGCUCGGUUGAUACAAAGCGUGGAAUUCACGCUGCUGUGAUAAAAAAUGGGUUUGAGUCUGAAGUUGCUAUCACCACCGCUCUUAUAGCUUUCUACUCUUCUUUGCAUGAGCUGGAAAGCGCUCGAAGGCUGUUCUAUUCGACACCCAUAAAAGAUUUGAUCUUGUGGAGUGCAAUGGUUUCGGCAUGUUGUAAGAAUGGACAAUUCAUCGAGGCUAUUGAUACUUUUGGUGAGAUGUUGAGUUUCGGUGUUACUCCAAAUAAUGUGAGCCUUCUGAGUGUUCUACUAGCAUGUGCCAAUACAAAUGCUCUGCUACAUGGAAAACAAAUUCAUGGGUAUGCUAUAAGGAAGGAAUUUGAUUCAGAAAUAAGCCUUUCUAACUCCCUUGUGGACAUGUAUGCAAAGUGUGGUAAGCUGGAUGCUGCAAUGGUAGUCUUCAACGGCACCAACUGGAAGGAUGACAUAUCAUGGAAGAACAUAAUAUUUGGAUGCAUAGAAAAUGGGCGGCCACGAGAAGCACAUCGAUUGUUCUAUGAUAUGAGAGCUUCUUGUAUUGAACCUGAUGAAAUUACCAUCAGGAAUGUAGUACGUACAUGCUCUCAAGCCGGCUAUCUGAUGUUUAUAUUAGGACUCCAUUGCUAUAUCAUCAAGAAUGGUCUAGGUGCCUCGACUUCUGUUGGAACUGCACUGCUUAGAGCAUAUGCAGAAUUCAAGGAGGUGGAGAUGGUUCAGGCAUUGUUUAAUCAACUCCAUCAUAAAGAUCACAUAGCAUGGAGUGCGAUGAUCUCGGCGUACUCUCAUUCAGGACAUCCAGAUCUUGCAUUGGAGAUGUUCAAACAGAUGCAAUUAGCAAAGGAGGAAGCUAACGAGAUUACAUUCGUUAGUUUGCUACAAGCUUGCUCUUUGGUGGGAGCAUUAGAGCUAGGAAAAAGCAUACAUGCACACGUGACAAGACUGGUCUUUGUUUCUAAUAUGUUUGUAACAUCAGCUCUGAUUGAUUUCUACUGCAAGCUCGGGAAGCUUAGGGAAGCAGAGAUCUUAUUUGGCAAGCUUCAAAAAAGAGAUCUUGUGUGUUGGAGUUCCAUGAUAAAUGGGUAUGGGAUAAAUGGGUGUGGAGAAGAGGCAAUUCAAAUUUUCUAUAAUAUGUUAGAGCGGGGGUUGAUGCCUAAUGAGGUCACUUUUGUCUCCAUUCUUUCUGCCUGUAGUCAUUGUGGUCUAGUGGAUGAAGGUUGGAAGUGGUUUCGCUCUAUGAAAGAGAAGUUUGGUAUUAGUUCUACUCUGGCACACUAUACUUGUAUUGUAGAUUUGCUAGGCCGCCAAGGGAGAGUGGAAGAAGCUCUGGAGUUUGUGAACACGAUGCCUAUGGAACCAGAUAUCACAGUUUGGGGUGUUUUGUUGAGCUGGUGUAGAGCAGCGCAUAGCGACAUCAAGAUCGCUGAGUUUGCAGCUGAGCGACUAAUUCAGUUGGAUCCAAGUAACACUAGUUGCUAUGUGACAUUGUCUAACAUGUAUUCCAAACUUGGUCUGUGGGGAGAUGCUAAAAGAAUCAGAGGACUGAUGGAGGAUAACAGCUUGAGAAAGACAGCAGGAUUUAGCAUGGUUUGAUGAUCUUAGGUACCACCUUUAAAGCAUGUGCUAGUUGUCACAUUUGAUAUUAAUGAAAUCAACUUAUUCCAUCUCCUGCACAUCAUAACAGCUUACUUUCAAAAGGCUUCAAGGAAGUAAAACAAAGUGCCUCUCUCUUUGAUGGGAGGGGUAGCAUAAUUUAUAUGAUCAAGCUCCUGCAGGCCUUCCUAUAAACUCUGGUAUGCAGAUGAAAUGCAAUUUAACUGAUCCUGUGGGGAAUCUAGUAAUGAACUCUUUGCAGAAGAGCACACUUUCCUAUUGAGAAAGCCUUUUAUACUGGGAGGUAUGUCAUUCCAUUGAUCUGAAUCAUAGUUGACAUGUAUAUCAAGUUGGAUGAAAGCUUCAUGCGAAGCCCUUUGGUGAACUGAUUCAUAAAUUUUGAUAGAAACUGUUAAGAACCAUUUGUUUAACUUUAA